AUGACGCCAGAGUCUUUUUCUGGGUUGUCUCUCGUUCGGCCUCCUCCUGGGGGUUUGGUGGUUCCUUCGUCGGGCAAGGGUCUAGCAGCUCCAGGGGCGUCUCCUUUUCCGGCGCCGUCUCUUGCUCUUCUUCGACCGGAGCCCUCCUCGCCGGCAGUUCCAGGGGCUUCUCCGGCUCGGACGUCUUCUUCUGGGUUCUCUCUAGUUCGUCAUCCUCCUGGGGGUUUGGAGGCUCCUUCGCCGAGAGAGGGUUUUGUAGCCCCAAGGGUGUCUCCUGCUCUUUCGGUGCCGUCGCCAGCUGUUCCAGAGGCUUUUCCGGUUCGGUUUUCCUUUUCAGGGGGAGGGUCUAGCUGUUUGAACGUAGUUCCUAGCUGGGUUACUGCCUCUAAGCCUUUCGGGUUUCCCCCCUCGCCAACUCAGGUGUCCCUUCCUCCGGUGGUCCCAGUUGAUUCCCUGCCAACUCAGAGUCCCCUCCUCUGCUAUGCAAUCCUGACGAUGCUUCUCUGGCGGUCUCUCAACUCAUGA